GGCGCAUGCGCCUUGGAGGCGUCCGAGCAGGCCGCGGGGACAGAGGCGGCGGCGGCUGUGGCGGCGGCGGCGGCUGAGGAGGAGGAGGGUGGGGGUGCCGCUGGGGGCCGGGCCCGUGUUUACCCAGCGGAGCGGGGGUGGCCGGGAGAGGACACUGAAGCCCGAGUGGCGGCAACAGCGGCGGCGGCGGCACGAUGGUCAUGGCGCAUUUCGUUGAGAGUUUCUGGGGGGAAAGGAAUAGUGGCUUUGAUGUACUCUACCAUAACAUGAAACAUGGACAGAUAUCAACAAAAGAACUUGCAGAUUUUGUAAGAGAAAGGGCUACGAUAGAAGAGGCAUAUUCACGGUCCAUGACAAAACUAGCAAAAUCAGCAAGCAAUUAUACUCAACUUGGAACAUUUGCACCUGUAUGGGAUGUGUUUAAGUCAUCAACAGAAAAAUUAGCAAGCUGCCACUUGGAGCUUGUUCGAAAGCUACAAGAACUAAUAAAGGAAGUACAGAAGUAUGGAGAAGAGCAAGUAAAAUCUCACAAAAAGACUAAGGAAGAAGUUGCAGGAACUCUUGAAGCUGUACAAAAUAUUCAGAGUAUAACUCAGGCCCUCCAGAAAUCCAAGGAAAAUUACAAUGCCAAAUGUCUAGAACAAGAACGUUUGAAAAAAGAAGGAGCUACACAGAGAGAAAUAGAAAAGGCAGCUAUUAAAUCUAAGAAAGCUACAGAUACCUAUAAGCUGUAUGUGGAAAAAUAUGCAACAGCCAAAUCUGAUUUUGAACAGAAAAUGACAGAAACGGCACAGAAAUUUCAAGAUAUUGAAGAAACUCACCUUAUUCAUAUAAAAGAGAUUAUAGAAUCUUUGUCAAAGGCUAUUCAGGAAAUUCAUUUACAGAUAGGCCAGAUACAUGAAGAAUUUAUAAACAACAUGGCAAACACCACAGUUGAAGGUUUGAUACAGAAAUUUGCUGAGUCAAAAGGCACUGGGAAGGAAAGACCUGGCCUUAUUGAAUUUGAGGAAUGCGAUGCUGCUAGCGUAGUUGAAGGGAUAAAGCCAAGAAAAAGAAAGACUUUUGCUUUGUCAGGAAUAAUUAAGAAGGAAAAGGAUGCAGAGUCAGUGGAAUGUCCAGAUGCAGAUUCAGUUAACAUUCCUGAUGUAGAUGAGGAAGGUUAUAGUAUCAAACCAGAAGCAAAUCAGAAUGAUACCAAAGAAAACCAUUUCUACUCAUCCAGUGAUUCUGACUCUGAAGAUGAAGAACCAAAAAAGUACCGCAUAGAAAUCAAGCCUGUGCAUCCCAACAAUUCUCAUCAUACAAUGGCUUCUUUGGAUGAAUUGAAAGUAUCUAUUGGAAAUAUAAGUCUUUCACCAGCAGUAUCAAGACACAGUCCAGUACAAAUGAACAGGAAUUCAUCUAGUGAAGAGUUAACAAAAUCAAAGCUUUCUGCUCCAUCAAAUGAAAAGGGGAACAAUGACUUACUUGUAUGGGACCCAUUGUUUGGACCAUCUCUUGAUACAUCUAACUCAACACAAUUGACAUCAGCUAUCCUUAAAGAGCAGAAUAGGAACUCCUCUUCCUUUCCCAUUGGUUUGCCUGGGUGUAUAAUAACUGAACCUUUACUUGGAAGUGAGUCAGAUUUUGGGGCCAGGAGCCCCUCACCAGACUUUUCUAUUAACUCACUGUGUCACCCUGAUGUAGCAGCAUCAUCAGAAAGCACAGAUGUAUUAUCUUUUGCAUCAUGGUCACAAAGUCAGUGGAUUUCGUUUACUGAUGAACUUGUUAUAAUUAAACACACAAAUGCAGACCAGAAGGCAUUCCAAAGAUUGCAUUGUAAAACUGAAAAUGUCUUCGAGUUCCCUGAUACUUUUCCUGGGAGAUCUUCCAACAACUAUACCUCUGAGGAUCAAAGUAACCGUGGCUAUAAUGUUAUAUGUCCUGAAAUAAUGCUGACUGAAGAGACUGAGAGUGCUGCUGAAAAUUCUUCCACAUCAUCUUCAAUAUCUUUGGACUCUAGUAUAGUUUCUACUUUUGCUCAGAUAUAUGAUGCCAGGCCUACAACUCCUCUUUCUGCAGGCACCAUUGUCCCACCUCCCAGACCUACUUCAAGACCGAAGCUUACUUCAAGCAAGCUUAGCGGGAUAAAUGAAAUACCCAGGCCAUUUAGCCCACCUGUGACUUCUAAUACCAGUCCACCUCCUGCUGCUCCUUUAGCACGGGCAGAAAGCACCUCCUCCAUAUCCUCAUCUGCUUCACUGAGUGCAGCAAAUACACCCACAAUAGAAGAUGAUAAUUUCAUUGGAAUUCUCUCUGAAAUUGAAAAGCAGUCUGAGACAUCAUCAGGCGUUUCACGUGGUCCCAGCCCUGUUAGUCUUGGAAAUCAGGAUACCUUACCUGUUGCAGUAGCCCUUACUGAAUCUGUGAAUGCUUACUUUAAAGGAGCAGAUCCUUCCAAGUGUAUUGUAAAGAUUACUGGUGACAUGACAGUGUCAUUUCCAAGUGGAAUUAUUAAAGUGUUCACCAGCAAUCCCUCUCCAGCUGUACUCUGCUUCAGGGUUAAAAAUACAAGCAAACUAGAGCAGAUUCUUCCAAAUGCACAACUCAUAUUCAGUGAUCCAUCACAGUGUGAUUCCAGUGCAAAAGAUUUUUGGAUGAACAUGCAAGCUGUCACUGUCUACCUCAAAAAGCUAGCUGAGCAAAAUCCAUCUGCUUCUUACUAUAAUGUGGAUGUCUUAAAAUAUCAGGUAUCAUCAAAUGGUAUCCAGUCAACUCCUCUGAACCUUGCUACUUACUGGAAAUGUAAUACCAGCACUACAGAUGUUAGAGUGGAUUAUAAAUACAAUCCAGAGGCUAUGAUUGCACCAAGUGUGCUUUCCAAUAUACAGGUGGUAGUACCAGUGGAUGGAGGUGUCACAAACAUGCAGUCACUUCCCCCUGCAGUAUGGAAUGCAGAACAAAUGAAAGCUUAUUGGAAAUUGUCAGGCAUUUCAGAAAAAUCAGAAAAUGGAGGCUCCGGAUCUCUUAGAGCAAAAUUUGAUCUUUCAGAAGGACCCAGUAAACCUACAACACUUGCAGUACAGUUCAUUAGUGAGGGAAGUACCUUAUCAGGUGCUGACAUUGAGCUUCUAGGCACUGGUUAUAGGCUUUCCUUAAUAAAGAAACGUUUUGCUACUGGACGAUACCUGGCAGAUUGCUGAUGUCCUUGUGAAAAUUAUUGGAUCAAAGGAGUACAAACCUGCUCUUCUGCAUUAACUGUACCUUCCAAACACUAUUUUAACAUGUAUUCGAUAUAUUUUUAUCUUUGACCUACUUUGGAGCUGACUACAAAACCUAAAAAUGCACUUUUAAUGUAAGUCAUUUGAAAGGAAUAGCACUGAAGUGAUCUUCAACACUGUAAAUGAUCAAUAUUCAGGAAAUACAUUUAUUCAAAUACUUAGUGAAAUAAAUUUAUAUAGGCUGAAAGUCAAAAUAACCAGUUGCUGUAUUAGAAAAAGAAAAGUUAUGGCAUAAACAUCAAACUUUUAAAAAUUGAAGGAGAGCAAGCACAAAAUGUUUAUAGCUCUCCAUAAAUUUUAAAUUCCAAGAUAGUUUUGCAGGUUCAUCUGUUUGAUAUUGGAUGCAAGCAGAACAAGAAUGCAAAAUUUGGGAUAAUGUCAACUUAACCCUCUCGUUCACAUUGUGUCUAUGUGCCAUCAGAGAACAGGCUCAGAGCAUGCAAAAAGGAUAAUUUGAUUCCCAUAUAACAUAUUAAUUAAGUGUAAAUGGUGUUUUAUAUAAGAUUUAAAAAAAUCCUCAAGUGCAAUGUGUUUAAAAAUAAGCUUGCAAAGGACAGCAGAGAGACUUACUUCUGCAGUUAGUUAACUUUAUGGAAGUUGUGAUUGUUUUGAUGAAUUAAUGCUGUAGAUUUAAUUUAUUUUUAUAUGAAUUACAUAAUGUGUGCCUUUAAAAAAAAAACAACAGAAUUGUGCCUGUCCACUUUGUGUUUAUUAAUGUGCCUCACUUCCUUUCUUAAAGUCUGGAUCUUCCAUAUAGAAACUUAGGAUGGUUAAAGUUCUUCAUAUAAAAUACAGACUGUUUAUAGUCCCUUUGGGAUACAGAAGGAAAAUUAGGAUAACUGGAGGAUGCUCUUUAGUUGCAUUUUAAAAUACUGGAUUACUUCUUUGUGGGGUAAUUGCAAUAAAUGUAACUACUAUAAAAGGAAGUACCUGAUGAAGAAUUUUUAAUAUGCUCACGGAAAAAAAAAAUUGCCUUCAGUUAUUUAAUUCUAACCUCAACAAAGAUGUGUGAAGUUUAAAACAUUCUGGAAUAAAAAUAAUAACCAUGUAACUGAUUUUUAAACUGUAAAUUUAGCAUUUUCCCUUUACUUUUUGUUCAUUAUUUGAGAUUUAAGUGUUCAUUAGCUAUGUGUUUGUGAGCAUAAAUGUACUGUUAGUGAGGAAUAGCAUUUUAGAAAGGCUCAUCUCUGGCAGCAGAGGGAAAAAUACUGCCAUUUAUGUUCAUUUUAAGCAAGUGGGGAAAAAUGCUCAAUUAGUAUGUUGUUAAUUGCCACACAGUAAAAAUAGGGUUUGGAGUGAUGCAUUUAUUUAACAUUUCUUAAAAUAAGCUACUAACUUUUGAUAGCACAACACCUAGCAGAUUUUACAAAUAAAGCCUGAUCAAAUGUAAAUGUAAAUGAAAUUAUAUAUAAUGCUGAAAACCAAGGUCCUUCAUUUUACAUAGUAGAAGCAAUAAUAUAUUAUAUUGUGUGCAAUUUUUAUAAAACCACUAAUUGGUCAGUUAUGCUUUACAGAAAUUAAGACCCAUAUUAUCAGACAUUUAUGUAAAUUCUUUUACACACUAAAUGCAGUAAAAAUGAAGCACCUCACUGUUAAAUAUUAUAUGUGCUUUUUUUUGUUCAUUAUUAGAAAAUUUUGGAAUAGAUUUGACUGAAGCAAUACACAUCCAUCAUUUGCUAAAAUGUUAAUCUUUGCUAAAUGGUGAGGAUAAAUAGUAUAGGCUUUCUAACUCCUCUUGUGCUACUUUAAUUGCCAAUUGUGGUCUCUUACUGGAAUCUGUUUUGCUGUAAAACUGCUUAUUGGGCAGUUAACAUUUUAUUAUUGGAAUCCAGACAUUAUUUUACUUGCCAUGUUUGUUUUAAUCAAGUAUUGCUUAAAAGUUCUAAAUUAGUGGAAUGGUUAAGUUUCAUUACAUUUAAACUACCAGUCUUCACCCCAUGUGUUGACACACGAAUUUGUAUUGGGUGCAGGUUACAAUUUUGAAGCCAUACAAGCUUAUAUUGGUUUUUCACUGUUAAAAACCCAUGACUAGUGUCCAAAUGCCAGUAGAUAUUCAUUGAGAAAUGUAUUUAGCAAGCUGGUCCUUGCUCUUAUAUAGUGCUAUACUUUGUAGCUGUGUCUUAACCAAGAAUUUGUAAACACAGAACUCUUAAUGAAUCUGAGUUUUUAUGGAUUGUUACUACUUUGGGUUGUAAUUAGAACAAUGCAAAUCUAUCUUACAAAAAUUUGUAAAUAUCUGAUUUUUUUUCAUAUAAUGUAAAUUUUACAUAAAAGUUGCACCCUUAAUAAACAUGUAAUAUAUAAUUUA